AUGGACUUUUCAACCCUCUUCAAAGGCAACCUAACCGCCAUGGCGGAGAACAUGACGGGCGGACGAGGAGGCUACGCAGCAGGCAACAACAAGAUGAUGGAGAGCCUGCUGCCCAUGCUCGGCGGACAAUUCAACCCCGUCGUCCGCUCCCUGAUGCUCCUGUACCAAAUGAUCGGCUCCAACCUCGGCAUCGACCCGACGUUGAUUCUGACGCUCGCGGGUUUCUUCUGGGCCGCGAACCGCGUCGGCCGCCAGGCCUACGGCGCCGUCUUCCGUCUCAUUCAGGACAAUUUCAUGAGCUCCAUCCACAUCUCGAGCACGGACGAGAUUUACACGCACAUGAUGAAGUGGUUGGCGCUCCAGCCGCUGAUGGCGAGUUCCCGCUCGCUGACGGCCGAGACGGUGAGCAAGACGGCGUGGGAGGAGGAGGAGGAGCUCGAGGCGCUGCAGACGAGGACGAUUGCCGGGAGCGGGAGCGGCGCGACGGAGUUUCUCAACUUUUCGAAUCAAGAAGCCAAAGCUCCCCCGCGAUACGUCCCCGCCGUCGGCGUCCACGGCUUCUGGUACAAGAACAGCUACUUCCGCCUCCACCGCAAACAACAAUCUGUCUUUGACGGCGAAUCAAACUACGGCACGUUCCGCAAAGAAGAAGACCUCAUCGUCUCCUGCUUCGGCCGCAACCCGUCGCCCAUCAAGGACCUCCUCCGCUUCGUCAAGGAAUUCUACUACCAGGACCACUACGCCCGCACAACCAUCAAACGGCCCAGCCCGGCGCCGAUGCGCCGCUACGGCGGGCGGUACAACUGGAGCCAGGUCGCCAACCGGCCCGUCCGGCCGAUGCGCACCGUCGUGCUGGACCCGCGGCAAAAGGCGCAGGUCAUGGCUGACAUGAAUGAGUACUUGCACCCCGCGACGCCGCGGUGGUACGCGAACCGCGGCAUUCCGUUGCGGAGGGGGUAUUUGUUUUAUGGCCCGCCGGGCACGGGGAAGACGAGUUUGUCGUUUGCGCUCGCGGGCGUGUUUGGGCUUGAUAUUUUUGUGAUUUCGCUGUUGGAGCCGACGUUGACGGAGGAGGAUUUGGGGACGUUGUUUAAUUCGCUGCCGAGGCGGUGUGUUGUUCUGCUGGAGGAUAUCGAUACCGCGGGCCUCGCGCGCGUCGAAGACGAGGCUGAUGGCUCUGGUGGUGGUGGUGGUGCUGCCGGGGGCCCCAACGGCACGAAAGAAAGUGACGAUAAAUCCAACAAGGACAAUAUCAAAGACGAGAACAGCAAAAAGGCCUCGGCAGCAACAAACAAAGAAGACUGGAAAGUCUCGGACCUCGCGCGCGCCCUGAAAAAAGAAUCCAAAGACGAUAAAAAGGGCAUCUCCCUCUCCGGGCUCCUCAACGCCAUCGACGGCGUCGCAUCCCAAGAAGGCCGCAUCCUCGUCAUGACGACCAACAAGCCCGAAUCCCUCGACGAGGCGCUCAUCCGGCCCGGCCGGGUGGAUCUGCAGGUCGGCUUCACCAACGCCACGCCGGCGCAGGCGACGGAGCUGUUUCAGCGCAUGUACGAGGCUGACGGGGCGAGUCCGGCCAAGAGGGUUGACGGGCACGUGGCGCCGCCUACGAAUCCCAAGCCGAGUAUUGUUGUGAAUGGGAGCGGAGGGAGUGCGGGUUCUUCGUCGAGUGCCACACCAUUGUCCGCAUCAGCGUCUUCGACUCCUUCGGCUACGCAGUCUUCUUUCCCUUCACCCGCGGACCAACUCUCCUCCUCCUCGCCGUCGUCACCAGAGGCAGCGGCGGCGGCAGCAGCCGAGAAGAAGCGCCACGAGUUCGACGGCGAGGAGCUGGGCCGCAUCGCCGACGAGUUUGGCGCCCUGAUCCCCGACGGCCACUUCAGCCCGGCCGAGAUCCAGGGGUUCCUGCUGAAGCGGAAAAAGGAUCCCCGGCGGGCGCUGCGGGAGACAGCGGCGUGGGUGGAGGGGAUGAGGCAGCAGAAGGAGAAUAAGACCAAGGUGCUUAGGGUGCAGUGA